AUGUUUACGGCUUCAUCAAGUGCUCCACGCGAAGAGACGAGCAAAAUGGUGGGAUUUGAGGAUGAAAGAGCUCGAGUCAUGGUCAUGCUUACAUCACUCGAUUCGAAGCCUUCCCGGGCAGUAGUCCCUAUGGUUGGGAUGGGCGGGGCAGGUAAGACUACACUUGCGAGAAACAUCUUCGAUGAUCAGAUAAUUGUAGAGCAUUUUGAUGUUCGUGCGUGGGUUACAGUGUCUCCAGAGUAUAAUGUCGAGGAAGUUCUUAAAGGAGUACUUUCGAAUCUAAGAAACCAAGGGGAUGGUGAAAGUUUAGGAGAACAAGUGCACAAGAGUUUGUUCGGUAGAAGAUAUUUAAUGGUGCUCGAUGAUAUAUGGAGUAUUGAUAUUUGGAAUCGCAUACAACGGUUCUUCCCGGAUUGUUGUGAUGGAAGUCGAAUUUUAGUGACGUCUAGGCUUUCUAAUGUUGCGGAAGAGCUAAGCACUUGUAGAGUUGAGAUGAAGUAUCUAGAUGUGGACAAUAGUUGGAAUUUACUUCGGCAAAAAGUAUUUGGCGAAAGUAGUUGUCCGGUUGAAUUAUUAGAUGUUGGAAAGAAGAUUGCUCGAAAUUGCAGAGGACUUCCUCUAGCGAUUGUUGUUGUUGGAGGACUCCUCGCCAAGGCUGAUCAAACAAUAGAACAUUGGGCACAUGUUUCCGAACAAUCUAGCUCUGCCGCGUAUAUAGGUGACGACGAACAUUGCUCAAAAAUACUAUCUUUGAGCUACAACCACUUGCCUGUUCAUCUCAAACCUUGUUUUCUUUACAUGGGGGCAUUUCCAGAAGACUACGAGAUUCGUGUGUCUAAACUCAUAAAUGUUUGGAUUGCCGAGGGAUUUCUGAAACCACGUAAAGGCCGUAUGCUAGAAGAAAUAGCUGAGGAUUGCUUGUUGGAUCUUAUCGAAAGGAAUCUUAUAAUACAUCGCGAGUGGGGAUCCACGGGGAACUUAAAAUCUUGCGCGAUCCAUGAUGUCUUGAGGGAACUCAGCUUGCGGGAAGCUCAAAAGCAGAACUUCCUUUGUGUUGUAACAACGAAUCGCUCUGACAACAUUCCAUCAAAUAUGAAGCGUCAGCGUCGUAUUGCUCUUAGAGUAAGCAAGAAAAAAUAUCGUCGGAAUAUCAAGUCCUUGUUAUCUACAUGACGUCCCCGCUCUCUCAUUGUAAGAAAGUAUAAGGUAUUGUCGAAAAUUUUGAGAUCCGAUGCUUUUGAGUCUGUGCAUAGAGAAAAUUUCGACCUUUCGCUAAAGCUAAGAAAGAAGGUGGAUUUGUCAACAAUUUUGAGAUCCUAUAUGUUUGGAUUGUUGAGAACAAUCUUUGUGAUCGAUGAACAAUACAUGAGAUAUAGGAGAAAGCAUACAUCUCCAUGGGAUAUUUUGUUUAGUCUUGUCAAUUUACGGCACCUUGAUUGUAUAGCCAAUCAAGGUAUCAAUGGAGGAUUGGCUUAUUAUAUGCAUCAAAUGAGGAAUCUACAAAUUCUUAUCGUUAAGAGUUCUUGGAAUGAAAUAAAUGCGCCAUCCGUAAUUUGGAAUUUCCCUCAGCUUCAUCAUGUACAGAUUGCCAAAAUUUCUCCCCCAAUACAUCUGCACCGCGAAGAACAGAAACAACAUUGUUGUAUAGUCCUCGAAAACUUGAGAACACUAAAGGGAUUGGUGGACUUCAGAUUCGACGAAGGUGUUGUGAAGAAAAUCCGCGAUCUAAAGAAAAUGAUAGUCACCUACAAUGCACAAAAUGUGGACUCGUCGUCUCAGUACAGUCUCCAUAAUCUUGCUCAUUUACAGAAGCUCAAAUCAUUCAAAUGUUCUUUCAGAGGAACAAUUAAGAAUAUAAAUACUCUGUAUAAGAGUGCAUCCUUCCCACAUUCCCUUACAAAGUUGUCUUUAUAUCGCUGCGGAUUUUGGGAUGAUGUUAGCGCGAUCGGUUCAUUACCCAAACUCGAAGUGCUGAAGCUGAAAAAGUGUUACUUCCAUGGAUCCGAGUGGAAUCCUGUCGAGGGGGAAUUUAUUAGCUUGGACACCUUGUAUAUGGAACAGGUUGGUCUAAGAAACUGGAAUGCCAACAGCUCCCAUUUCCCACGCCUCGAAGUACUUGAUCUUAAUCGGUUAACAGUGUUGAAUGAAAUACCUCUCGACAUUGGAGAAAUCGCGACACUAAGGUUUUUAGGGGUGUGGCGUUGCUCCAAGUCAGCCAUUGAUUCGGCGCGAAACAUAUUAGAAGAGCAGGAGAGCCUUGGCAACGAUGCACUGGUUGUUAAAAUUACUGGUUACAGCAUAUAAUCUCCAAAAUAGAAUGAAUCUGAUCUAGUGCGAUCAAAUGCUUAGAGAUCAAGUACAAUGGGGAGGAAUGGAUCGUUGCAUCGAUCUUUGGUUAUUGUUCGAUGGCAAGCUAUAAAAUCAGUGAUCAUCUGUUAGCUAUACAACAUGUUUAUUUUACAUUGUUUCAGUCAUUGCACGCUGAACUGUUCUCGCGAUAUUUCGCUCCUUGAGUGUGGUAUCAAAUAAAUCGAACUUAUUUUCUAAUUGGUAAUUAGCUUAUAUAUAUAUAUAUAUAUGUGCGUG